AUGAAUAACUCUACAGUGAACUUCACCACACCUGAAACAUCUACAAACUUCACAACUCAAUCCAUUGGGCUAAUGGACCGUGUUGAAAUCUGUGUGUACGGCAUCAGUUUGCUGUUUGGUUUUCCUAUGCACACUUAUGUUAUAUGGCUCAUUGUGACAGGAACAGGAGUUGCAUCAGAGUUCCUCAACCUUAAUCUGUCUGUUUGCGAGUUUAUUAAUUGUCUGAAUAGUUUGGUCUCUAUACUAUCAAUUUGCUUUUCAAAUCACACAAUGCUACCACUGGUUUUACAAGGACUUGUCUUCACUGGUUGUUCACUGUUUCAGUCUCUGAUCUGCGUUGAGCGUUACCUGGCAGUGGUUCAUCCUGUAACCUUUCUGAAGUACAAACCUCUCAGAUAUAGAGUGAUCUGCUGCUCUGCAGCCUGGAUAAUCACUCUUGGCUCCUGUUUGUCCUGCAUAUUCAUUAUAGCAUCACUAAAAAUGCUUGCAUAUAUAUGGUUCUUCUCAACACAGUUCCUCCUCUUUCUCUCCAUCCAGUGGUUUUGUCUUGUGGCUGUUCUUAGAGCUCUGAAGCAGACAGGACCAGGAGAGAGAAUGAGAGAGAGAAAUAAGAAAGACCACAUGAAGAGAAGAGCGUUUCAUAUCAUUCUAAUAACUACUGUGAGCAUGACUGUUAUGCAUGUCCCAUUUACCGUCACAGGAUUUUUGACCUUUCAGACACAACAGAAUGGUCAUGCACUUUGGAACAUAGGUUUAUCAUUUUAUGUAUUAGCUAGUUUUGUUCAGCCUGUUCUUUAUCUGCAUCGGACUGGAAAACUCUCCUGCCUCUGUACCUCAUAA